AUGCGGACACUUUGUGAUGUAUGUGAGAGUGCUGCGGCUAUUCUAUUCUGCGCUGCAGAUGAGGCCGCUCUUUGUCGUGCCUGCGACGAUAAGGUUCAUACGUGCAAUAAGCUAGCUAGUAGACAUGUGAGAGUUGGGCUUGCUGAUCCCAUUGAUGUGCCUCGUUGUGAUAUAUGUGAAAAUUCGCCUGCAUAUUUUUAUUGUGAAGUGGAUGGAAGCUCCCUUUGUUUGCAAUGUGAUAUGAUUGUACACGUUGGAGGCAAAAGAACUCAUGGAAGAUAUCUCCUGUUAAGGCAGAGAGUUCAGUUUCAAGGAAGUACAUCUGGCUGUGAAGAGGAGCUUGGUACACAACUAAUGGAUUCAGCUGAAAACAAGAGGGAAUAUACUAACUCUACCAAGCCAAUUGUUCAAGAUGAGAAGCAGAAUCUCGAAGCCUCUGCCGUUCCAAAUUUAUACUCCGGUGCUGAUAGACUUACUAAGAUGGACACUGCAAUGAUUGAUUUGAAUAUGAAGCCACAUCGACUCCAUGACCAAGCUUCAAAUAAUCAGGAAUUGUAG